UCCGCUAGCUUAUGCUGUCAGUGUGUGUGUGUGUGUGUGUGUGUUGGGCAGUGUGUGCCUGUGUACAUGCGUGUGUGUGUCUGUUUGUGUUUGUGUGUCAGUCCGCUUGCGCUGCCACUCUGUGAGGAAAGCAGUGGGCCCCUGUGCCCUAGCACCGUGGGAGGAAUCCAAUCUAAAGGACUCCACCAGGGCCCUCGCCCAAGCUCAAGCCUAGCUGGAAGCCAUCCCCAGCAAGCAGCACUGUCAGGUGGCUGGCGUGGGUGUGGGUGCAGUAUAAUGAGAGAAUGUAGCCUAUAGGCGUCGCAGGCGUUGGAUAUUCCUGCAUGGACAAUGAUGUCAAUAUGCCUCCCACGACACCAUACGCUGGCAAGUUCAACCCCAGCCCUUACAACAACAACCACAAUCUCCACAAAUACCACCAGCCCAUGGAAGCGAGCUACGGGGACAUGUGCUAUCAUGACAACAGUCUUGUUUCAGGCUCCCUGGAGGCCCUAAUACAACACUUAGUUCCCACAGUAGACUACUACCCUGACAGGUCGUACGUCUUCACCUUCCUGCUGAGUUCCCGCCUCUUCCUCAACCCGUAUGAGCUCAUGUCUCGGGUGUGUCACCUGUGUGUGGAGCAGCAUAGAUCUGGAGACCUGCUGCUUGAUAAGAUCAGAAUACGAGACGUCGCUCCGAAGAUCGUGCAGCUGUUGACAGAGUGGACGGAGACAUUUCCCUAUGACUUCAGAGAUGAGAGGAUGAUGCGCUGCCUGAAAGAGAUGAGCCAUCAUCUGGCCAGAGGAGAUGAAUACUCGUGGAGGGCCAUGCAGCAGAUGACUCAGAGGUUAAUCCGAAGGUUGGCGGCCCUGGGUCAGUAUGAGGAGGCUAUCGCCACACUCAAUGCCUCCUCAGCCGAGAGACCCACUGCUCUGAAGACCAAACAGCACAACGGACAAAGGAGUGACGUACUGAGCAUCAGUGACGAUGCUUUUAUUCUCGCCCAGCAGCUCACGCACAUUGAACUGGACAGAUUGAGUUUUAUCGGACCAGAAGAGUUCAUCCAAGCCUUUGGUGUGAAAGAUCCCCUGGACAACCAUAAGAGUUUCUUUAGAAAACGCAAGACCACUAACCUGGAGGCCUAUGUAGCUUGGUUCAACAGACUCAGCUACCUGGUGGCCACUGAAAUCUGUAUGCCAGUAAAGAAGAAGCAUAGAGCUCGGGCCUUGGAGUUCUUCAUAGACGUGGCCAGAGAAUGCUUCAACAUCGGCAACUUCAACUCACUCAUGGCCAUCAUCACCGGGAUGAACAUGAGUCCUGUGUCUCGGCUGAAGAAGACCUGGAGCAAAGUCAACACAGACAAAUUUGACAUACUGGAGCACCAAAUGGACCCCUCCAGUAACUUCAGCAACUACCGUACUGCCCUGCGAGGAGCCACCCAGAGAUCCAUCACAGCACACAGCAACCAGGAGAAGAUAGUCAUUCCAUUCUUCAGCCUUCUCAUCAAGGACAUCUACUUCCUCAAUGAAGGAUGUGCCAGCCGGCUAUCCAACGGUCAUGUCAACUUUGAAAAACUGUGGGAUUUGGCGAAGCAGGUCAGUGAGUUCCUGGUGUGGCGCCAGGUGACGUGUCCCUUCGAGAGAGACAGGAAGAUUCUCCAGUACCUCGUCACCACGCCAGUCUUCACCGAGGAUGAGCUGCAUUUGGCCUCCUAUGAGAGUGAAGGUCCUGAGAACCACAUGGAGAAGGACAGUCGCAGGUCUCUCAGGUCAUCCCUUCUGCAUAGAGAGCAUCGGUGAGUGACGGUCAUGAGUGGGACACUGGUCUGGGUGAUUAUUAUAACCCAGCUAAAGAGGCUCAUGGUCGACGGGCACUCGAAAGAGCAGAGGAAGAUGGGAGAAAGAACUGUUCAAAGCACUCAGAGAAAGGAUGCCUCCCUCUAUGACUGAAGAACUGAAGAUCUUGCCUCUCGCACCGUACAUUGACAGAUGAUUCAUUUGUAACGUGUCUACCCACACAGUAUUUACAGUUCUUAUUUUAUACCAAUGGGUCGUAAUGGUUACCGAUCAUUUUCUAUGCUCUUCUGAAGUAGUCUUUCUAUAGUGUAAAUGAGCUUGUUGCUGGUUGGCUUGCUCCGUCUUCUUAGAAUGUAAGCUAUUUCUUUUCUGUUAUUGUUCUUAAUAAAUAGUGUGUUUUGCAUAUGUUAGGAAUGAAUUACUUACAUAUAUGUGAUGAAUCUUUAAAGAUACAAAAAACAAAACCUCAAAACUCAUCUCAUCUUUGGUGAAAGGAAUAUGAAUAUGACUGAAUACCCAGCGGUGCAUAGUUAACUAUUUUUUUUUGUACAUUUUGUCAUGCGUUGGUUUACCUUACAGCUAUUACUUUUUAUAAAUGUUUUAUGUUAAUGUAUUCUAUUCUUUUUUUACUAUUUCUUUUUUUAUCGUGUAUAUGUGUUUAUUGUUUGCCCAUCCCAAUGUGCUACUUAUCAGGGUACUCUACGUUAAGUUCUUAUGUGAAAUAAGAGGUAUAUUUUUUAUUUUAAAAGAAAAUAAAGAACAUUUAAAGGUG